AAAGUCAAAUUAUGGCUUGAGGGAUUUGUGAAGAAGAAUAUAAUAGUUAAUGGUGUUACUUCUAAGAUGAUAGGAUUCUGUGGGAUUGUUUAUAAGCGUACUUACAGAAAUGCAAUUAAAAAAGUGCAAGAAAUGUUAUAUCAAAAGAUAGGCAGUUUAUACAAAAUAAUCCAUGGUGAAUGGCUUAACUAUGAGAUUUUCAUGAAAAGUAAUCCUAUCGAGAUAUUAUGGAGAAGAUUCAUAAAAUGCGCUAUAAAAAUUACAAAAGAUAAAAACCUCUCAGUAGAUAAUGAAAUGAAGGAAAAAAUAUGCUCUGAUUUUGCUCGAUAUCCUAGCGA